GGCGCUUGUGUCCAAUAAAAUCUCAUCUCAGUUUCCCCUAGCUCACUCCACCUGCUUCCCGUCUGUGUAUCGUUUCUGGGGAAAUCGGGCUCCGGGAAGCCUAGGGUUUGGACUUCUUUGCGGAGGAGGACGUGGACCGAGAUCGAUCUGGCUUGUUAGUGUAAGCGAUCUGAUGCUUCAGUCUUGUUAAGAUGAAAAACUAGGGUUUGUGGAGAGGAUCUGAUGGUGAACAAUCAAGAAUUAGCUUCCAGUCCUAUUGACCUCUUCCGACUGGCGGCACGGUGGAGAUCGUCCCCGGAGUGGGAUAAGAUGGAGGAGGAGCUGGAUUCGGAGCCAGUGCCGUCGCAUCUGAACACAAUCAACAGCUCAGGCCUGUUUCACAUCGUCUCGACGGAUAAGAUGUCGGUGCAGUACGUAGGAUGCCAGCAGCAUGGGCAUGAUGUCGGGGCGGUGCAGGCUGAUUGCCCCGCCCCUACUCGGCGGAUUGUGUACUACUUCGAGAUGAUGGUGAAGAAUGCGGGUCAGAAGGGGCAGAUUGCCAUCGGUUUCACCACACAGCAGUUCAAGAUGCGGCGGCAACCUGGUUGGGAAGCUAAUAGUUGUGGAUAUCAUGGGGACGAUGGUUAUCUUUAUCGUGGACAGGGUAAAGGAGAAUCUUUUGGCCCCACAUUUACAUCUGGUGAUACAAUAGGUGCUGGUAUCAAUUAUGCAUCACAAGAAUUCUUUUUCACAAAAAAUGCAAAACUUGUUGGAACCAACACCAAGGAUAUAAAAGGUCCUUUGUAUCCAACCAUUGCUGUUCACAGUCAGAAUGAAGAGGUGACUGUCAACUUUGGGCGUCAACCAUUCCUUUUUGAUGUUCAGACUUUUAUAUCGGAAGAAAGAAUGAAGCUGCAGAAAAUGGUUGAAAGGUUGUCCCUACAGCCUGAUGUCAGUCAUUGGAUUGUGCGUUCCUAUCUGCUACACUAUGGGUACCAAGAUACCCUAAAUUCAUUUGACAGUGCAAGUGAAGAUACAUGUCCUUCAAGUUCUAUAGCACAAGAAAAUGGUUUUGGUGAACAAGGAGACAUAUAUGCACUUAGCCACAGAAAGGUUUUGCGCAAGCUCAUCAAGAAUGGGGACAUCGAUACUGCAUUUCAAAAGCUUCGAGAAUGGUAUCCUCAGGUUGUGCAGGAUGACACAUCAAUUGUUUGUUUCUUGCUUCAUUCUCAAAGAUUUAUUGAGUAUAUCCGGGUUGGGUUCUUGGAGGAUGCUGUAAGUUACGGCCGUGCUGAACUGGCCAAAUUUUUUUCAGUUAAACCUGUUGCUGAGCUUCUUGAGGAUGUUGUUGCGCUGCUGGCGUACAAUCCACCUUUGGAAUCAUGUGUGGGCUAUCUACUUGAGAUGUCGCAGCGUGAGUUUGUUGCAGAUGCGGUGAAUGCAGCAGUCUUAUCGACAAAUCCUAACUUGAAGGAUCCUGAGAGCUGUAUGCACACAGUCCUCGAGAAAUUACUGAGGCAACUGACGUUGUGCAGCCUGGAAAGAAGGGCAUUUAAUGAAGAUCAAGGGGAGGCUUUCUUUCUCCACAGAGAAUUACACAGGGCAGGAAGGGCCAAGUGUAGCUAGUAAGAAACUUGUCCAAUGUGAACUGGCAGAUGCUUCUUGUAUGCUGCACUAGUUGGUCCCAUUUUUUCGGCAGGUUAUCAGGCAAGCAUGAAAUUCAUGGUUUGGCUUUGAAAAAAGCUUCUGAUGAUCAAUGCGUAAAGGCACUUUGUCCACAACACUGAUGAAUUCCGUCAGCUUUUCCUUGUGCCAUUUCCAGCACACGGAACGUCCAAACUGUAAUUAAGUUACAAUGUUUCAAACCAUGAGUAAUUGUCCUAUGUCUUCAUGAUGUUAAGUAAGUGCAUGAUUACUGUUUGGACAGGUUCCUGCUUUGCCUUGAUUCUGGGUUUGUGGAUUUUCUGUGACAUGGAAAAAUGGCUCUUUUUAUGAGCUUGACCCUCUAGAUACCUUAAAUAUGAAGCCUUGAAGAACUAAAGAUAUUGAAGCAUUGUUAUUCUUGUUCA